CAUCGCGUUGUCCAUACAAACGGCUGUGUCCUGGAGGACUAGGCUACCUACGGAAAAUCCAAUCCUGCGAAAAUCAAUACUAAUGAGCCAUUAAGCGUGGUCUCAGCUGCAGUCGGCCGUAGUCUAAUGAGCUGAGCGGCGGCGGAAAUUGAAUGUUGGCUCUAACCAAGCGGCUGCAGCAGGAAAUCACAUCGGCAUCGCUCUUAGCCAUCUGUCCGCCGAACGGAAACGGUAAAGGCGAAGGUAUCGGUAGCAGAAGCACUAAAACGGAAGUCUUAGGCGUAAUGCCUUGCGCCUGAGUGGAUGCGUAGCAUGGGCUGCUCCAGUUCCAAGACCUCCGCCACCGUAGAAGACACCAAAUCAUCGAAGCCCUGCUCAGCCAAGUCCAGUACAACGAGAAUGGCCGCCAAGAAGGAGUACCCUGCCUCGGAGGCCUUCACCAUUCCUUUGGAGAGCGAUGACAGUCCGGAGAUGCCGCUAAACGAGACGGUGCGCCAGCCACCGAAGAGGAUUCAGCAGCUGCUGCAGGAGGCGGCCAGCUCGGAGCCACUCACCUUGGAGGAGCUGGAGGAGAAGCAGCUAAAGGCCGAGCAGAGGCGGCAGGAGCUCAUGCAGCAGAAACUGGAGAUAAUACACAAGAAUGCUCAGAUGCUCAUGAAGCCUCAUGGGGAAACCGCUGGCGAAGGCGAAGGCGAAGGCGAAGGCGAAGGAGACCGGAACAAAGUCGAGGAGGAACAGCCCGAAAAGGUCUAGCUAUGAACUUCUUUUUCAUUCACAUUUUUAUUGUUAGCUUUAAAUUAUAUAUGUAUUACUAUAUAUCGUAGUAUAUUUCCAAACAAUUA